CUAACUAGAAAUCAAUAAACCAGAGGAUCUAAAUCUAACUAGGGUUACUCCAUAUUCGAUCUCACAAAUAUCAAACCCAAACCAGUCCUCUCUCCAAACGCUCACCAUCGUCCUCACCACCGUUAACCCUAAUUGACCGAUCAAACGACAAACCACAAUCAACCAACACUUGUGCUCAGUUUGGAGAUCUGCCGUAGCAUAGAUCAAACACAGUCUCUGGGAUCUGUUCUGUGUUUUUUUUGUUAACCAAUGGCGAUCCGAAAGGGGACAUACUGGGUGGCUUUCAUAUAUAUGGCUCUUUUUUUGCAUGCUUGUAAUGGGUUUUAUCUGCCAGGAAGCUAUAUGCACACUUACUCAACGGGUGAAGAAAUACUUGCCAAAGUUAAUUCAUUGACAUCUAUUGAAACUGAGCUUCCCUUUAGCUAUUACAGUCUACCUUACUGCAAACCCCUUGGGGGAGUGAAGAAAAGCGCUGAGAAUCUAGGUGAACUCCUUAUGGGAGAUCAGAUUGACAAUUCUCCCUACCGUUUUCGCAUGAACAAGAAUGAGACUGUCUUCCUCUGCACUACGAAUUCGUUAAGUGAGCAUGAGGUAAAGCUGUUGAAGCAGAGAACUCGCGAUCUCUAUCAAGUAAAUAUGAUUCUGGAUAAUUUGCCUGCAAUGAGGUAUGCCAAGCAAAACGGGAUUAACAUUCACUGGACAGGGUUUCCUGUUGGGUAUGCACUGCCCAAUAGUGACAAAGAUUACAUUUUCAAUCACCUCAAAUUCAAGGUUUUGGUGCAUGAGUAUGAAGGGACUGGCGUGGAGAUAAUUGGUACUGGGGAAGAAGGUAUGGGUGUAAUUUCAGAAGCUGAUAAGAAAAAGGCAAAUGGGUAUGAGAUUGUUGGUUUUGAGGUUUUCCCUUGCAGUGUGAAAUAUGACCCUGAAGUAAUGAAGAAGCUCCAUAUCUAUGACAAUUUUACAGCUGUAAGCUGUCCAGUGGAGCUUGAUAAGUCUCAAAUCAUAAGGGAGCAAGAGCGAGUAUCAUUCACUUAUGAGGUUGAAUUUGUGAAAAGCAAUAUUAGAUGGCCGUCCCGAUGGGAUGCUUAUCUGAAGAUGGAAGGUGCCCGUGUCCACUGGUUUUCAAUCAUGAACUCGUUGAUGGUGAUCUUUUUCUUAGCUGGUAUUGUUUUUGUUAUAUUUUUAAGGACGGUGAGAAGGGAUCUGACGAGGUAUGAGGAUUUGGACAAAGAAACUCAAGCACAGAUGAAUGAAGAGCUUUCGGGGUGGAAGCUUGUUGUGGGUGACGUGUUUAGGGAACCAAAUUGCACAAAGCUACUUUGUGUGAUGGUUGGAGAUGGUGUUCAGAUUACAGGGAUGGCAGUUGUUACUAUUGUAUUUGCUGCCUUUGGUUUUAUGUCACCAGCUUCACGAGGAAUGCUGUUGACUGGUAUGAUUAUUCUUUACCUUUUCCUGGGGACAGCUGCUGGUUAUGCUGGUGUUCGUCUAUGGGCAACUAUUAAGGGGAGUUCAGAAGGAUGGAGAUCAGUUUCUUGGUCAGUUGCAUGCUUCUUCCCUGGAAUCGUUUUCGUUGUUCUUACUGUAUUGAAUUUCAUUCUUUGGGGCAGCAAGAGUACUGGUGCCAUUCCCAUUUCCUUGUAUUUCAUACUCUUAUCACUCUGGUUUUGUGUCUCCGUGCCUCUGACCCUUUUGGGAGGAUACCUAGGGACAAGAGCUGAGCCUAUUCAAUACCCCGUGCGAACUAACCAAAUCCCUAGGGAGAUCCCUGCACGCAAAUAUCCAUCAUGGUUUCUUGUUCUUGGUGCUGGAACACUUCCAUUUGGGACCCUAUUCAUUGAACUCUUUUUCAUUCUCUCUAGCAUCUGGCUCGGAAGGUUCUAUUAUGUGUUUGGGUUCCUGCUUGUUGUUCUUAUAUUGUUGGUUACUGUUUGUGCCGAAGUGUCUGUGGUCCUCACCUACAUGCAUCUGUGUGUGGAGGACUGGCAGUGGUGGUGGAAAGCAUUCUUUGCCUCAGGUUCCGUUGCUCUUUAUGUGUUCCUAUACUCCAUCAAUUACUUGGUUUUUGACCUUCAGAGUUUGAGUGGGCCUGUGUCUGCCAUACUUUAUCUUGGUUAUUCAUUGAUCAUGGCAGUCGCGAUCAUGUUGUCCACUGGCACCAUUGGCUUCCUUACAUCCUUCUACUUCGUACACUACCUUUUCUCAUCAGUGAAGAUUGAUUGAAAUAUACCUUAGGCGAAUAUCAUUGGUGGAUUGCAGACUAAUGAUGUGUAUGUUGAGCAAAAGUUAUCUGAGUCCCAACUUUUUUCUAUGGCUAAAUUUCAUUCUGUACACGAUCGUGUUGCAUCGGCACUGAGAUGCCUCGAGGUUAUUUGCUAAUUGCAUUGAAGCCCCAUUAUAUUUUCUGGUUCCUGCUGAGAUUAGAGAUUUUGAUAGUAUUGAAGUUGUGAUUUAGCUACCUCAUUCUCAUUGUGUUCUGCAUUUUCCUUGUCCUUUUUCCUGUCCUGCCUGUUCAUGGACCUGAAAAAUAGUUGUAACUGAUUGAACUUUCUAUCUUUGUAUUUCUUUCCAUUUAUAAUUGAAAAGAAAGGUAGAUUAAAUGUC